GCAAACCGGUUUAUACCGGUUUUACGUGUAUCUCGCAGUGAAAGUUGACGUUUGACGUAUGCAGCUUCAAAAAUUGCGAAUAAAUUUCCUUUUUUCGACAAAAUCAGUUCACGGUGAAUUUACCUGCACGCCGAAAUAGCCGACCGAGCCGCCGAGUGCGUCGUCACCGUCCGAGAAAGAAUCCAGGCACGGAAUCCAGAGGAAAACAGACGAGCUUACAGAAGGGAAAAAAUGGAAGGCAGUCGUGAGCCUGUGAUGAGCAAAUGACCGCUCGCAGGCGGCGAGGUGGAUCCGAGUCUGAGAGCAGCGAGUUGCUUGGCGCCUCGAGCUCGACGUGGACAACUCAAGCGCACCACCCCUCGAAUGGCCUGCCCCCACUAGAGCCCUACGUCGACCCGACCAUGGCUUCAAGAGACCGCACCAAAGAAUUCGCGACCACCGUCCGCUCUCUGCAGGGCAGGGAGCUGACCAGAGUGGUCAACAAUGUGGCCCCAAAGGACCCCCGACGGCAGCAGAACCUCCACAGAUACGCAGAGUUCAUGUUGAUAGCCAGGACAAUUGGAAAGAACAUAAGCAGUACCUAUUCGAAACUGGAAAAACUGACUCUUUUGGCAAAAAGGAAGUCCCUUUUCGAUGACAGGCCUGCCGAAAUCCAAGAGCUGACGUACAUCAUCAAAGAGGACCUGAACAGUUUGAACCAACAAAUCGCCCGACUGCAAGGCGCGGCCAAAAGCCAGAAGGACAACACGUCCCGCAAGCACCUCAUGAGCCACUCGUCCAGUGUGGUGCUCACCCUGCAGUCCAAGUUGGCCUCCAUGUCGACCGAGUUCAAGAAUGUGCUGGAGGUGCGAACGGAAAACCUAAAGGCGCAGCGGUCCAGACAGGAGCAGUUUUCACAAGCGGGAGCUUUGGCUUCGCUGCCACCUUCUGCUCUCACUUCCGGACCUCGACAAGGCUCUGUUUUACUUGCUGAAGAGCAGGUUUCGAUUGAGAUGGGUGGUGCUGUGGCUCCACCGGCUUUGACCCUGCAGGGCCAGCAAAUGCUGAUGCAGGACGAGACGGACCAGUACCUUCACAGUAGGGCAGAGACGAUGCAGAACAUCGAGUCGACCAUUGUGGAGCUCGGCGGCAUCUUCCAGCAAUUGACGCACAUGGUGAAGGAGCAGGAGGAGAUGGUCGAGCGAAUCGACACCAACAUUCAAGACGUCGAGUUGAACGUGGAAGCAGCGCACGGGGAGAUCCUCAAAUACUUCCAAUCCGUCUCGUCGAACCGGUGGUUGAUGAUCAAGAUUUUCGCGGUGCUGAUCCUGUUCUUCAUUUUCUUUGUUGUGUUUCUGGCCUGAGAAACUGCAGCUGGCUGAGAGAGAGAUUCCUAGUAAAGUAAUCGAUAAAACCCAAUGUGAACUGAAAAAAAAACCAUCAAAUUGUAGGCUCGAGUUUUUUACCCAGAAUUUCAGCAAGGCUGACUGCGACUUUAUGAUCACCGUUUUGCAAGAUUGAGAUUUUACUAUGGCUUAUGAGAUAUUUACGAUUGUUUGGUAGAUCCUAGUACGUUAUAUAUUCUCGAGCUUCUUUUUAUUUUAAAUCAUAUUUUAUCAAAUCAUUAUUCUGUCGGUCUUCUCAGUUCUGGGCCAAAUUGCUCCUCAUAUAUUGCACUGAAUUGUAAAUUAUAAAAAAAUGGGCCUUUUACAACAAGAAGUGAAUUCCAAGCAUGGACUCGUUUGGGACUGCCGUUCUUUUUUGAGGCUGUGCGAACUCAAUUUGUCACACUACGAUAUAUACCUUCACACCAUUUGUAUCCAAGUAUUGGAAUAGGAUGCAUUUGUUCUGAUUCGUUUCAGCAUAAUUAAUAAAUUUAUAAGUCGUAUUAAUACA